AUGACGAAUACGGUUGUGCCAACCGUAAAGAACCAGUGUCUUAUGGUGAAAGACCGCGUGAUUUUGACACGCGUCCCCGAAAACAUUGUGGUUUCUCCAGUUUCCGCAGGAUCCGCUUUUUUAGGCGCAACUUCCCCAAUUCCAAGCUCCCGUCAUCUCUUCACUCUCGGCACUCUCCUGGGAUUUAGGUUAUUAUCUUUAUUCAGAGUCAAAAUAUGGUGGAUGAUACCACGUGUAGGACGAUCCGCGAGUGAUGUUCCAAUGGAAACUCAGUUGCUGCUAGUAGAAGCAAGAGACGAGACUGCGUUUAAGCCAGAGUUUUCUUCUGAUUCUCAAGAGCUAGAAGAAGACAACAUUUCCUACAUUCUCUUCUUGCCUGUGUUGGAUGGAGCAUUUCGUGCAACUUUGCAAGGAACUGCGUUUAACGAGCUUCAAUUCUGCGUUGAAAGUGGAGAUGCCUGUGUUCAAACUUCUCAAUCACUUGAGGCAGUGUUUGUAAAUUCAGGUGACAAUCCAUUUGAGCUAAUCAAGGAUUCUAUCAAGAUAUUAGAGAAACACAAAGGAACUUUCUGUCAUCUUGAAAACAAGGAGAUUCCUGUACAUCUUGAUUGGUUUGGUUGGUGCACUUGGGAUGCAUUUUACACUCAAGUAAAUCCACAAGGAAUAAAAGACGGGAUUCAAAGUCUCUCAAGUGGAGGUUUUACGCCAAAGUUUGUCAUUGUUGAUGAUGGGUGGCAAGAGGGGCUCAACGAGUUUCACAAAGAAGGCGAACCAAUAGUUGAAGGAACUCAGUUUGCAACAAGACUGAUAGGCAUUAAGGAAAAUAAAAAGUUCAGCAAUGCUGGUUCCAACAAUUCUUGCAACAAUCUCCAUGAUUUUGUUCACUUUAUCAAACAGAAUUUGAGUGUAAAAUAUGUUUACAUGUGGCAUGCUUUAGCUGGUUAUUGGGGAGGAGUACUCCCGUCUUCAGAUGCGAUGAAAAAGUAUAAUCCGAAGCUUACAUAUCCAAUUCAAUCACCUGGUAACACAGGGAACCUAAGAGAUAUAGCCAUGGACAGCUUGGAAAAAUAUGGAGUUGGAAUCAUAGAUCCAUCAAAAUUAUAUGAAUUUUACAAUGACUUUCACAAAUAUCUUGCUAGCUGCGGCGUCGAUGGAGUCAAGGUAGAUGUCCAAAAUUUGAUAGAAACUUUGGGUUCAGGGUAUGGUGGACGUGUCUCAUUAACCAAACAGUAUCAAGAAGCAUUAGAGACAUCAAUUUCAAGGAACUUUAAGCGCAAUAACCUCAUUUGCUGCAUGUGUCACAAUUCUGAUUCAAUUUACAGUUCAAAGAAGAGUGCAGUAGCAAGAGCAUCCGAGGAUUUCAUGCCAAGGGAACCAACGUUUCAGACGUUACACAUUGCUUCAGUAGCUUUUAACAGUCUUCUUCUAGGGGAGAUUUUUGUGCCAGAUUGGGACAUGUUCCAUAGCAAGCACGAGACAGCUGAGUUUCAUGCUGCAGCAAGAGCAAUAGGUGGUUGUGCAGUAUAUGUUAGUGAUAAGCCUGGAAAUCAUGAUUUUAAAAUCCUGAAGAAACUAGUACUGCCUAAUGGAUCAGUCUUAAGAGCAAGAUAUGCAGGUCGUCCUACUCGAGAUUGUUUGUUUCAAGAUCCUGUAAUGGAUGGUAAAAGUCUGCUGAAAAUUUGGAACUUGAACAAGCUGACCGGGGUAAUAGGCGUCUUUAAUUGCCAAGGAGCGGGAAGUUGGCCAAUGAAAUCAUCAGAAGUCACACCGACACACUUAACCAUUUCAGAGAAAAUUAGGCCACUUGAUGUUGAGUUUCUUGAAGACAUGGCAAGUGAAAACUGGAAUGGAGACUGCAUAUUAUAUGCCUUCAAUGCAGGCUUGCUUUCCAAGCUACCAAGUGGAGGAAAACUACAAGUGUCCUUGAAGACUCUUCAAUGUGAAGUAUAUACAGUAUGUCCAAUCCGGGUGUUUGGUAAUGUUGUACAAUUUGCACCAAUUGGAUUGCUUGACAUGUACAAUUCAGGAGGAGCUGUAGAAGAACUGUUGUGUACAAUGGAUGUUGCAGAUUGCAUGAUAGUAAAAAUCAAAAGCAGAGGAGGUGGCCGUUUUGGAGCAUACUCCAACGUCAGACCGAAGAGUUGCUUGGUGGACAUGGAGGAGGAGGAGUUUUGUUACAAUUCUGAAGAUGGAUUACUGACAAUUAAACUUGAUGGUGAAGGCAAUUCAAAGCACAUCGAACUUGUAUUCUAA